CUUCAAAUGCCACCCUACGGUUGGUUGGAGGAAAAUUAGAAUCAGAGGGAAGGCUGGAAGUAUUCCAUCAAAACGUUUGGAAAACAAUUUGCCAAGACAGCUUUUACAUCAAGAACGCUGACGUUGCUUGCCGGCAACUUGGGUACACAAAAGCUUUAUACUUACAGCGAGCUGCAACAGUGACGCGUAGUCUAGGUACGAGACCAAUACAUAUGGAAAUCUGGAAAUGUGCGGGAAACGAGAAAAAUCUUCAAGACUGCAAAAUGGAAAUGAGAAGAAAAAAGAACUGUUUUCAUUAUAAAGAUGUAGGAAUUUCCUGUGAUGUAUCACUUUCAGAAAGGAAAAGAAGAUACUCAUUGCCUAACCAACUGUACACCAAGCCGCUACUACUAGAAGGAGGUUCAUUUGCAUCAGAGGGAAGAGUAAAGCUGUUUCAUAACGGUGAAUGGGGAACGAUUUGUGAUGAUCUCUUUGACCUUAAAGACGCUCACGUUGUCUGCCGUCAGGCCGGUUACAAAUAUGCCCUUAGGGCCGGGACAGCUUCAACAAUGGGGUUUGGACAAGGUACAGGUCCAAUACAUAUGGACAGCGUGCAGUGUACGGGAAGAGAAAAUAAAGUUCAAAACUGUCCAUUCGGUGGAUGGGGUACCCACGACUGCUCUCAUGUAGAAGAUGCAGGAGUUGUUUGCGAUACAUCUUGGGCUGACAAAUGCAGAUUUCAAAGUACUAGAGUUGAAAAAGAGAAGAGUCAGUUUCCUAUAAGAUUGACCGGUGGAAGUGAACCAUACAAAGGGAUACUGGAAAUUUUUGUUAAUGACCAAUGGGGGACAGUUUGUGACGACUACUUCGGAAGUGACGAAGCUAUUGUGGCAUGCAGUCAACUAGGAUAUACGGGGUACUCUAGCUAUUCUCAUCGUCAAAGUGGUGAUUCCUCGGCCCCGAUUCUCAUGGAUGACGUAAACUGCAGUUAUGUUCCAGUUGCCCAACAGGGUAAAGACACAAGAAAGAAAUAUCAUACUCGUCUUGCUGAUUGUGCCAAGGGAGAUACAAACGUUGCAUUUAGAGAAGGUAAUUACUGGAAAAUCCAUAACUGUGAUCACAGUGAAGAUGUUGUACUGGAUUGCACGUCAUCGGCAAAGACCCAUCCAGUUCGUUUAGCGGAUGGAGGAGCUCCUCACAGGGGCAGAGUAGAGAUUUUUAUUAACGGACUAUGGGGUUCAGUUUGUGACGACGCGUGGAGUAUAAAUGAUGCAAAAGUCGUUUGUCGUCAGCUAGGAUUUCCUUGCGCUGAAAGUUAUCGGUCGUCAGCUUACUUUGGACAAAGUGGUCAUUACCACAUUUGGAUGGAUAACGUUGCAUGCAGAGGCUCUGAAAGUCGACUGCAAGACUGCCCUUUUGGUCAUUGGGGAGUUCACAAUUGCGGACAUCAUGAAGAUGCUGGAGUCGAAUGUUGUUCUACAGUGGACUCGCGAUGGUACACCAUUAACAGAGUAUCUAAAGGCCAUGAUCCCGAAAGAGGUCGACGAGACGUGACUAAUUCAACAUUACAACAAUUUCCUUCUUACAAAAGCAACACAGAGAAAACUGUGAAAGUCGUAAGGCUUGUAGAUGGGUACAGUUUUUCUGAAGGACGCGUUGAAAUCAAAGUUAAUGGUUCAUGGAAUACAUUUUGUGAUCCAAAUUGGAACAUGGAUAAAGCAAAUGAUGUUUGCAAGCUACUCGAGGGCCAUUACGCAUCAUGA